ACCUGACCAUGGCGGUGCUUCCAGACCGACCGCAAGGGGGCAGCAGCCUGAAGAAAGGACACGUCGAGCUCAUGGUGCAUCGGUGGCACGCGACCAGCGAUGACCUGGGAAACCCCGAGAGCCCGUGGGAGCCGACCAUGACGCAGCAGAAAUUUGUGGCGAGUGGAACUCAUCGCGUGUUCUUGGGUACGGCCGCCGAAACCCAGCGGCUGCUUCGGCCGCAGGCGCUGCAGCUCGUCUACAGGCCGCUGGUCGCGUUUGCGCCCGCGCGAUGGAAGCCUUACAAAGAGGAGUUCUCCGGGCUGCGGUCACCGUUGCCCAGCACGGUGCACCUUCUGACACUAGAAGCGCUAUCGCGGACCAACGUCCUGCUGCGGUUAGAGCAUCUGGCCAUCGACCAGCACGCGGUGCAGGUCAACGUCACGAGACUGCUGAGGGGCUUCCGGCUGAACGAUGUGAGACCGGUGACCCUGGCCGCCAACCAGUUCCUUCCUGGACCCACCCGACUAAAGUGGCGAGUGCAUGGGCAACCAGGACCCACGACGACGAGCGAUCACCUGGCAAUGCCAGCCAUCACGGAGCAGAAGGGAACCGGCGACACGCUCGUUACACUGUCGCCGGGCCAAAUAGUCAGCCUCAUUGCAAAGAUAGGAGAGCGAGAACCCUCACGUUAAAUGGACAGACGUAUACCUUCUUGAGAACACAAGUUCAACCGCAACAGCCAUUAUGAUGCACUCGGCUGACAACAGUCGUGAGAUUGCCGUGCGGUGUUAAAGGUGCUUCAACCUUGGUGCUCGACUUGCUGUUUUUCCAUGCACAUUACAGUCGGUCCCUUUAUUGCGAAGUUAAUUCACCUUGACACAACUGUGAGCAAUGGAUCGCACGUACUCCUGUGCAUAAUGUGCUGCAGAAAUGUCAAGGGUCACAAAUAAAGCAACCUCGAGCCUUGGGGAUUGUGCAUACUCCAGACAGAAAUAAGUGGUAAAAUGCAGCCCCUGCACAAGGCAGAUGCACAAUACUGGCAACUGGUAAAAUGUAAUGGCAACACAUUACAUUUUACUGAGACACCAGCUGACCGCAUCAUAACUGUUCUGAAGAUGCACUGGAAAAAAUAAAGCCAC